AUGCCAAAGCUGACAGACCCGAAGCAGAUGAGAGAAGCGACAAGGUCGUACUUGGGCAAGAAAGAAGCUUACGGGCCUCUCUUGGAGAAGCAGGAAGCCAAGACAGUGUCUGGUGGCACGGUCGCUUUUUGGCUGGUGAAUGUUUUCAGCCUGCUGGAUGGGAUUUGCCGUGCCGGUGGUGCUUUCUACGACUUGCUUCGGAGCUGUGCAGAGAAAGCGGGCGGAAGGCCACUCCGAUUCGCGAUCUACUCAGACGAGGUAAUCCCAGGCAAUGUCCUUGCCGCCCGAACCUCGAGGAAGAGCUGGUGCAUCUAUCUCUCGUGCAUAGACUUCCCUGCACAGGUGCUUGCGAUGGAAGAGGCCUGGCUCACCAUCGCACUGCCGAGGAGCUCUUUUGUGGCCUCGCUGGAGGGAAGUAUCAGCCAGAUCUUCAAAAUCAUCUUUCGCAGUAUCUUCUUGCACUCUAAGCAUGACCCGGCGGCAGGUGUUUGGAUGCAGGGGCCGAAGGGCGGGUUUCAUUUGUCAUUCGAGCCAAGCAUGGUAAUACAAGACGGGGCAGCUCACAAAUUCGCUUGGAGUGUGAAAGGUGACUCGGGUUCGAAGUAUUGUUUGUUGUGUGGCAAUCAGCGAGCCGACAAUCGCAACGAAGAGAAGAUCCCCAAGCAUGCACAUGCUGACUUGCAUUUGGUUUCGGAUGACGAUAUUUGGGAUUCUUGGUCGAGGCUCGCCGACCUGAAGGGCCGGUGUUCAGCCAAAGACUUUGGCAUGUGGCAGCAAGACCAUGGCUUCAAGGAUGUUUUUGCCACUCUGGAGAAAUACGUGGAUCUGUGGACACAGCCGGCUUCCUUCGCACACGUAAAGCUGAAGCAAGUCUUCGAGAACAAGCGGAUGAAAUCCUGUAGAGAAGCGGGGAAGUUCAAAACGACAGCUUCCGAAAUGCUCAGUUUGCUGCCGGUCCUCGCCUUUUUCGUCCGAACCUGCAUCCUUGACAAAGGCUUCCUACCAUCCGAGUGCGAAGCUUUUUUGCAGAUGUGCCUUAUGGUGGAACUAUUGCAGGCCGCCUGCCAUGGGCAUGGUUGUGUGCUUCCAUCCAUGUUGCGAGAGGCCGCCGACAAGUGCAUGAGCUCUUGGUUCGAAACGGGCUGGGGGGAGCACGUAACCCGCAAGAUGCACUGGUUGCUGCAUAUGGGUGACCACUAUGAAAAGCACAAGAGGCUGCCUGCAACAUUCAGCAUGGAGCGGAAGCACAGGACAAUCACCAGAUAUGCAGCAUCCAUCCAGAACACCAGCACUUUCGAGCGAUCCCUCUACGAGGAAGUGCUUGCCCAUGAGCUGUGGCACUUGGAGAAGUUGCCCGAGUUUCCGGCAGACAAAGGGCGGGACCCUCCUUGGGAUUGUGCCGAAGUUUUUUGCCAUGUUCCCGUGCAAGGCACAUUGUGGUCCGUGGUCUCCCUUUGGAGCUUGCAGGAGUACAACAAGGACAAGCACUGUGCAGUGUGGACCGAGAUGGAGCAGCCUGUGAUUAUCGAGAGCAAAGACAUCCUGACAGCGGUGGUCUAUUUGAGAGACACGAAUUGUGUCCGCACUUUAAUCCCUUUGCACCUCCGUAGCUGA